AUGAGUCGAGCAUCAUUAGUUUGUACUACACUUUUUGUCAUUGGUAAUUACUUUUUCAUUGUUAUAAAUUGGCCUCUAGGGUUUUUAAACAUUGAAGUGUCAGGAAAAGUUUUGUCGUAAAUUUAUAAGUAAUUUCACUACUAAAAACGACAAAACUUUCUUGAGCCGUAUUAGAGGAGUGUUGAGAUACUACUCUAUCCUACCUUUUUACUAGCCUAUAAAGAAAGGUCAUACCGUUUUUUAAAUACCCAUUUUAGCACUAACAGUACUAUCCGUACCAUUACCUCGAGAAGAAGUUCCGAUCUGUCCUUCUGGCGCCGAAGCCAUGUUGAGGCCGGAUGGUGAGCCAAGGAAGUGUCUGCCACAUCAAAGUCAUCUCUGUCUGAAUGCUCUGGACGAUGGGGUAAGUUUUUCAAAUUUAAAUUUGAUUUUAAAAAUGUUGACUAAAAAAUGAAAAUGAACCAUCAAGGAAAGUGCUUGACCUGCCCAGUUCUGAUUGACUUCAAAUUUUUUAUAAAGAAAGAUCAGGUUAAUACAAGAUCUUCAAAAAGUACCAAAUCGCGCUUUCCAUUAAAUCUCGAGAAAACCGAGAUCAAAAAAUUACAUUUUGAAUUUCCCGCCAAAUUGGCAUUGUGUUUCAAGCUUAUAACUUUGUCAUUUUUUGACUUUUAAUAAUUUUUCUUUGAUAUACUAGUAGAAAACCUUUAAAUGAACCUACAUUUUAAAUUUGUAAGCGUAGCUUGUCUGGAAAGUGGCAAAAAGUGCUUAAAACAGGAUGCCAAAGUUUGCCAAAUUGGCGGGAAGCUCAAAUAUUUAAAUUUUAAAACUCAAAAGUUCGAGCUAAAAUUUUUUAUGGGUACUAUUGAUAGUACAAUAAAAUCAUUAAAAAAUUUUGAGCUGAUUCUGACAAUUGUGAGUUAAGCAGGUCGGGCACUUUCCUUGCAAGUUAAGUAAGGUAAAAGUACUGUAACUUUAUCAAUUAUCGAAAUUUCAAAAAAAACUUUUGGACUUUUGUUGGCAUUAACCUUCCCUAUCUUAUUUAUUUAUUUUCUGAUGUUUCAGGCCGAUCCCAACUCCGUCUGUUGCUGGCACAACAAAGUGGACUACUAUUGUUGUCGCAACGUCGCUGAAACUCAAUGUCCAGCCUACUCGAAUGUGACGGUUGUUAUUCAUAACAGUUUUCCACAAAAUUCAUUCCCAAUCAAAACGUUCCAUUUUAGAAAAGGAAUCGAAAAGGAUCUCAAGUUUAGUCAAAAGUAA